CUUCACCGGUCGCAGGGACGGUUCCUAUUUCUGCCUUGACUAAGAUUUUAAACAUCAGUGGAUUACAUAACGUGACCAUUGAAAAAAUUAUAAACUUGGCUGCUGCGACAAAUAGCGUUCGUGUGAAUUGCGGUGAAUUUAAUGUAGCUCUCGCAUUAGUGGCACUAGCUCAAAAGAAUAUGGAUCUUCCCGAGCCAAUUUUGACAAAUUUAAAGAGCCUUAAUUUCAAUCGAGAUUUGAAUUCCUUUUCUGCUUCACGUCCUCCAUCAAUGCCUCUACAAGCAGAUGACCCAUGGGCUACCUUUUGCACAUUCUGGUUUUUGGACGCAGACCUCAUUACAGUAAAGAUUGCGCCGGAAAAAGAUGGAUUUCUAUUUAAACAUGUCAUUUAUAUUAUCGAAUCACAGCGACAUCAAACGAAAGUUAUAAGAAGAUAUAGUGAUUUUUGGUGGCUAAUGGAAUGCUUGGUAAAGAAAUAUCCUUACCGUAUCUUGCCCGAUCUUCCACCAAAGAAGAUUGGAGUCUUAAAAGAUGAUCAAUUGGUAGAAAUGUUCCUUACAGAACAAUUGGAAAUAGCAGUGUGGCGUAGAACAAAUUCACCAGAUCUAGAAGAAUACCUUAAAAGACAGGUUACACCUGAAAUGGAACGGCGUAUACCUGAAGAUUUAGAUAAAAGGUUAGAAAAAGGUGUAAAGAAAUUAGAUGACACUGUUGAACAUUACAGAAAUAUGUGGAAUAUUAUGGAAAGUAUCGCCCGUCGUCAAGAAGGCAUGGCAAUCGAUUAUAUGCGAUGUCACUUGACCUUAAACUCUUUGAUAGAAAAAGAAAAAGUUUGCUAUAUCGAAAAUUGUCAUAAUUGUUCACAAAUAGUACAAGGGUUAGAGCAUGUAUCAAGUCAUUUACAAACAACAAGUACUAUCAUGGAAAAUGCGUCUGCAACAACGCUUGAAUUCGUUUUGGAAAAUUUAAAACGUCAAUGUGAUCUUCUUGUUUCCUUUAGAGAAACCUUUGAACGAAAAGAUCGGUUAGCUGUAAAUACAUUCGAUUCCCUCAAUACCCGAAUAAUAUCUAAUACAGCUCGCCUUACACAACUUUCUAACAAUGAUCCGGAGGUAGAAAAAUUAAAUGCUUCAAUUCAAAAAGAUCAAGAAGAUAUUAAACACCAACGAAUGCGAAAAACCUUUAUGCGUUAUUGCCUAUUUUCCGAAUUAACCCUGUUCCAUAAAAGCUCCACUUUCAUCUCGUAUUUAUAUCAGAAUUUCGUAAACGAUCAAAUCAAAUAUUCACAACAGCUUUACGAAAAUUGGAAAGCAUUGAGUCCCAAAGUAUAUGAAAUGCCUGUUGAAGCAAACGGAUUUAAUUAA